AUGCAUCACGCCUGUGAUGAGGAUUCCGGACGCAGCUCCUGUUCAGCUGCAUCGCUUGCUCUCAGUCCCAUCCUAGAUUAUCAUGAGAAAUCUGAUGAAAACCAGGUCAAAAGACGCCACAAAGUGGCAUGUACCAACACAGACUUGAAAGUUAGCACUAGACCUAGAAGCUGCAUCUCUUUACUCAAAUCUCCUGAUGAGAGAGACCCGUUCCCGAGUUGCAGACUGCAGAACAAACGAAGAAAUGUCUUGUUCAAUGUUUUUGACACACCCCGAAUGGGAGGAUUGAGUAAUGCUCAUUCCACUCUGAACAUAGCUUGCAGCACACAAAUUGAAGAACCGAUAAAGACUAAUGCUGUGUCCAUGGUGGCUAUAACAGAAGAGAAGUUAAGAUUAAAAACGGGCCAGUUAACAUCAAAUUUCAGGAGAGGUAAGCCGGUUCAGAGAGCGGCGUCUAGGCUGUACAAAGCUGAAGGUUUAAGAGGAAAAGAAGGCUGUAUAGGCCCAGAGUUUAUAGUUAGAGCUUCACAACCCGCAAAGCAUAUGGACCUUUCUCUAUCAGCAUCUGACAAGAGAGUCAUAACAGUAGUUUUACUCAAUGGGCAAAGAGUCGAGGUUCUUUGUGAUCCAAAUUCUAUAACGGCUGGACAGUUGUUCGAAGCAUUAGUCCACAAUGAGAAGUAUGAACAUAACUUCAUGUUAGGAAUAGCUGUCUUGAUCGGCGGUGACUUUGUCUUCUUACCAGAUGAUUAUAAAAUUAAAAAGGUUACUCCAGAAAACUGGCACAAAAGUCAUUGUAAGAAAAAUAAAUCAGAUCAAGAGGGUAUAACAUUUACUGUUUUCCUGAGAAUUAAAUUUUUCUUGCCCAAAAAUAUUGCUAAUAAUAUUCAGACUGGUGAGUGGAUAAACAGAGUGUACUUGCAAUUGAGGAGGGCGACUGUCGAAGGGCAGAUGACGUCAACAAUUCAGAAUCUCAUUUUGUUGGCUGGCUACGCAUUACAUGUAGAAUUUGGUGAGUUUUCAUAUAGAGAGCACGGCACAGCCGAUUAUUUCUUACUAGAACAUUAUUUACCAGAAUCUGUGAUCACAAACAACAUGUCAGACAUUAAGUUGCGUAUGAAGAGAGCCCAUGAAUCAAGGCGUGGUUUGGAUCGGAAUAAAGCAAUAAUUAAUUAUAUAACCCUAGCUCAAACUUUUAGAGAUUAUGGAGCCCAUUUUUACUCGGCUAUUUGGGCCACUAGAGAUGGAUUUUGCAGAGACGUGUGGCUGUCUAUUGGUCCGCGUGGCAUAACUCUAUACUCCAGAAGCACUCAUGUUUCUGAUGAGUCAAUGAAUAACACGAACAGAAUAGUACUUCAAAGUCUUCCAUGGCAUCAUAUCCACACAUUCUGCUUCAAUAAAAAGAGCUUAUACAUUAUACCCAAUGCCUAUUCAGGACUAUCGAAAAUAGGAAUCAAAUAUAAGUUAAAAAUGUCAGACAAUAAGAGCUAUUUUACAUUUUGGCUCGCGUCGCUCCAUCACCGAUUGUAUUUAAAAUUGUAUGCAAAAGAGGACUUUAUCACUUACUUAUCGGGCGAAAUGAGUUGCCCGUACAAAGGUGAUAGUCCACAGCAAACAGAUUGUAGUAACUACCAAGACAGUUACAAUUUAGCUGUUAGAAACCCAGUGAGAGUUAGAAGACCAGUGAGAAGAAGAUUCAAGAUGGACAUUUUUGGUGAUAGAAAAUUGCAAGAUAAAGAAAACGAGAAACCGAAUACAGAAGAAUUGUUAAGAGAAAUACUAGCGCCUCAGCCACAUGAAGAUAGUAUUUUAAACUCGCCAAAUCAAAAUGCGCAAGGAAAUUCUUCUAAUGAUGGCCUUUCAUCUUCAGAAAGUUGUAGUCUUCCAAGAAGGCGUGGGGUCAAAAUGGGGACAAGAGUUUUUAAUGGAAUGAAGUCUCCAUCAGAUAGUAAAUAUAGUAGAUCUGCCGUGAGUAAAACAUCUAGCUAUUGUACGAGAUCUGAAUGCGACUUGGCCACCACGCAAAGCGACUCCGACGAUUUGGGCUCGGAGCAAAGACAGUGCGAUGUGAACAGCAUGAAGUUGUUACCUGAGAGACAUUACAACCAAGACAUCUCUAGUGCCCCCACCGCUUAUGUUUUAGAAUCUCCUAAAGUUUACAACGACGCCUUCAAUUAUAAUGGUGUUAAUGAAUCAUGUUUGAGCUCAUCUAUUUUUGAAAAGUUAGAUAAUAUGGGCUGUGUACAAGGAGAAAGAAUUUUUGUUACUGCCGUGUUAGAGAGGGAUCCUAUGAACGCCUUAGGUUUACAAGUUGCGGAGGGAUCGGAUGGUAAUGUGUACAUUAAAUCUAUAACUGCUGGAAGCCCGGCUGAUUUGUGUAAAAAACUAUUGCCUGGAGAUCAAAUUAUAUCUGUUAAUGGCAAGACUUUAUUAAAUGUUAAAUAUGAGAAAGCUUUACGUAUGUUACAAUCAGCACCGCAGACUGUAGAACUAAUAGUUUUGCAGAACGCGACGAAAAGCAGCAGUUUUGACAGUCAUUAUGAAGGAGACACAUUUGGCGAAUCAGAUUCUAAAAUUAAAAAGAUAAGUCAAAGUGUAGCGAGUGCCUUAGAUGGAGAUAUAACAGAUGACGAGCUUCUAAACGAAGAAGCUUUGAAGACAGUUUAUGCUCUCAUAAAAUUGACAAAAGAGAAAGUUAUAAAGAGAAUGAAGGACACUAGUAGACAGAGCACACCAAAUAGUAAUUUACAAAAAUGUUUAUCAGAGAACAAAGUUUAUGAGUCAGAUACGGGGGAAUCGUCAAAAGAUACAACGCCUCAGAAGCGGCAAUCUCAGAAGUUCAAUACGUGGAGGGGACAGUUCCCUGAUGCAAGACCGAAACGCCGUCCACUGAGUUUGAGCAUACCGUCAGAUAUCGAAAUUCCAGACAAUUAUUUGAAUGGAGAAUUGUUACUGCAAAAAUCUUCUUUAAAAUCCAUUCAGUCAUCUUUAAACAGCUUAGAUAAGUCUGUGAAGAGCGGUUCCUGCAAGUCUGUCGCUUUGCCUAGGAAUUUUGGCUUGGGUAGACGAUGGCUAGGCCCAGUGAGGUACCCGGUAACUCCAUGUAAGAAUAAUGUGGAGGAUAGUGCAAUCCCUGAUGAGAACAUAGUAAGAAGACGUUUUGUUUACGGUGCUGGAGAUUCAGACGAAGACCAGAUAUUUAUAUAGCUUGUAUGUUUAUGACAGUGCCUUAAAUAUAUAAUGUAUUGUUGUAAGGUUACAAAUGACUAUUUUU